AAAAGACCAAUACUAUUGAACACAUUCACAAGAUAAAAUAUUUUAUAUUUUAUGACAACGUUUACAUUAAAUUGAAUAAAGUUAUUUUAAAAGUGUUUUUAGAAUAAAAUAUAUAUAUAUAUAUAUAUAUAUAUAUAUAUACCUACUGGCUACCGGAACCUGAGAUAUAAUGCUAUGACACGAAUGAUGUUUGCUAUUUUGCCAUACGAUUAAAUACAAUAAUUGCUGUUAUUUGAUUAUUAUGCAGAUUUGCUUUCUAUGAUGUUAAUCAGUUUUCUUGCGGCAAAUCUUUCGUUCCGAAAAAAAAAACUAUAAACUUGAUAAAAUAUUCUACUCAAAUUACGACCUUUUGAAGUAAGUUACCUUUGUUUUCUUCAAACAAUCGUUUCUUUUGAUAAUGAACAUUGGUAAUUGGCGACCUUUUGAGACUUUGUUGUCUGUGUUUUGAAUUAUUUUAAAUUAAUGAACCAUUAUAAUAUAUCUCUUUGACAGUAAAUCUAAGAAGACUCAGAAUGAUAGAUAUAUCUGAAUAUACAAUCCAACCAAUAUAUCUGAAUAUAAAGCUAUUUAGUCGUACAGAUUAAUUCGAUAGUAAUAUCAGUUUUUUUCCGUUAGAGAGGUCGCCCGGAUCUCAGAGUAGGUACCAGAGACGAAAUGGAUUUUUAAAAGCAAUUUUCAUAAGUAUAUUUUUCAGUAUAGCAUUGUGAAUGCAAAAUUGGUCAAAUAUAAUGACAGUUACUUGUCAGUUAGGACAAACUAGGUGUUUACCCGCAAUUUCUCCCGCAUAAAUUGUGGUCUAUGUCCACCCGCAUAUGAUGUAGCUUUUUUCGAAAAAUGAAGAAUGAAUUUCCAUGAUGAAACCAGUAUUUCUGAUUAUUACCCCCACAAACAAAUAAAUUAGAAACUAAUUGUCUCUUUAUAAAGUUAGUUUAGAUAAGCAAAUACCAGAACAAUAUGUAAAACGAUAGUUUAUCUAGUUUCGGUCUGUAGAUAUUUGUGGUUUGCUGGUGUAGUACAAUAAUGAAAUAGCAAUUGAAAAUAAUAUUUGGUAUAUUUGGUAAAUGACGAGAGAAAAAACAAUUGUUAUCAAUCGAAUAUAUCACGAAUUUCUAAAAUUUUUGGCAGGUCAAAAUAUAGCAUUUAGGGGCUCAACUAGAAGUUGUAUGACCCAAAUAAUGAUAAUUUUAAAAGUUGGUCGAGAUAAUAUCUAUUUUGAUAGUACUCUAUUAGAACAUAUUGCCCGAUUUCAAAGAGCUCAGCAUUGCAUGCCACAUUAUUUUGGUCAUGGCAUUCAAAAUGAACUGAUUACUUUAAUUGCUGAAAAAAUUAGAACUACUAUAAUUAGUCUUUUGAAACAAUGUAAAUACUACUCUGUAAUUCUAGAUUGCACACCUGAUAUUUCACACCAAGAACAACUUACUGUUAUCGUGAGAUUUAUUUAUUUAAAUCCAUCGUCAAAUCGCGCUGAGGUACGAGAAAAUUUAUUAGGUUUCUGUAACUGAUAUUACCGGACAA